CGCAAGCACGCACACACACAUACACACACACGUGUGUGUGUGUGCCUCUUGGUGGGGCCGAAACUGAGCACAGACAGGGAAUUUCCCUACAUCCGGGGUUCGUAACACCUGUCAGGGUGGAGUCAGUGCCCGCAUGGCGAUGUUACUAUGGCGUCAGUCCGGAAGUCAGUUCAGUCCAAACCUUGCUACACGAACCAUGGUGUUGGUGAAACUGGAAGUGAACUGCCAGACGUGCACUCAGAUUCCGACGAAACGUUUUUUGUGCCUCGUUCGUCUCGGAGACAGGUUUUUCAAUCCAAAUCCUGUAUCCAUACAGAAAGCGCUGUUGCUCCCGUCACGCGGCCAGUGAGCAUGGUACUCAUCUCCACCACGUCACGCUACCAUGCUGAAGAGUUCUGUGAUAUAAAUCUAGACAAUGGCAGUGACUUCAAGCUUACGGAAGAUGUAACCGAGGUCAGUGCCAGCACUACUUUAAAGGACAAAAGUAGGGUGAGUGAAAAUUGGAAACAUUUUGCGAAAAAAAUUAAGACGAGCAAAAAUUUUCACAGGAAGCAUGGUAAAUCUAACCUACUUGAGGCUCGAACGAAGUGUUUAUACGGUGAAAGCGAAGAGCAGAAUGGCUUGCCCCCUUUCGAAAUCCGCGGGAACCAAGAGGCACAAAAGGACCAACAUACAUACAGAAUAUCAUCACGUGAUAAGAAUAACCAGAAGCGUCAGGACAAUCUGCCUUUCGAAAAUAUACUGCACGAAGCUCCCUUGGAUAUCACAGCGAUAAGCAAUAAGAAUGAAUUGCAAACACAGGAAAAGAUUGCUUCAAACUUGAGCUCGUCGCCACCGUCUUGCCACAUACCGUCAUUUGCCAGCGGGUUAGGGUACGAUUCCAACGAUAACAUCCAAAACUCAUGCACUGCUGUUUGUAGAAGAUCAUCCAUGGUAGAUGAUCUCCUGCUCUCCAUAUAUAGACACAACCGUCGUAGCGACAGCAUCGAGGAGUCAGACACACUGACCGAGCACUCCACGACUUCUGAGACGCCGCACGUCGCGUCUCAGCUCCAGGCAAGGACUGUGAGGCGCUGCCCCUCCGGCGGGGUUGUGCACCGCCGCUCCAGACUCGUCAAUAAAGAUGUGAAUGAGCUUCGGUUUCUGGUUGCCUCUUUGCAGGCAUCUCUGUCUAACCAGUGCGCCAUGCUCAUUAGGGAGCUGAAACGACGAGACAAACUUCAUUACCGUCGAGAUCAGCAGAAUGAUGUUAUCACAGCAAUACUCCAUGCGUUGUCACAGAAGCGAAGCCAGGACACAAGGAUGAGGUUCUCAGUGGCACCACUUCCCGGAGACUCAGGAUUCAUGCAGUGGCAUGACGCUAUGAUGAUGUGCGCCAGACUGCCGGGGGGUAUUCCUCAAGAGUUCCGUCGGAGGCUGUGGUUGACGUUGUCCGAAAAACACCUUCAGGCUCGCGGCGUCGACUGGUCCCAUGCAGAGAGGUUCUGUUUUAACGAGUGGUCCAACCCAGACGACGACGAGCUUGGUGAUCAGAUCGUCAAGGACUUGCACCGAACCGGUUGUUCGUUGUUUUGUGGUGAAGAAGCAGAAGACAAUCAGGCCAUGCUUAAGCGCGUGCUGCUUGCGUAUGCUCGCUGGAAUAAGGCGGUUGGCUACUGCCAAGGCUUCAAUAUGCUGGCAGCGAUUAUCCUCGAGGUCAUGGAACGACAGGAGUCUGAUGCACUAAAGGUGAUGAUCUACCUGAUCGAGGGCGUUCUCCCCGAGUCCUACUUCGCAAACAACCUCAGGGGCCUCAGCGUCGACAUGGCUGUGUUCAGGGACCUCCUUCGCCUGCGGCUUCCUCACCUCUCGCGACACCUGGAGCACCUGCAACAUGACGCUGCUGAUCUUGCAACUGGCACCAGCUAUGAACCACCACUCACUAACGUCUUCACGAUGCAGUGGUUCCUAACGCUAUUCAGCAACUGCCUCCCGCGGGAGACAGUGAUGCGCGUGUGGGACCUGACGUUCUUGCAGGGGGACGAAGUCCUUCUGAGGACGGCUCUCGCCAUCUGGGACGGCCUUGCAGUGCGAAUCCUAGACGUUCACUCGGCAGACGAAUUCUACACGGUAAUGGGCGUGCUCACUCAGGAGAUGCUAACCUAUGGCCUCAUGGACGCCAACAAGUUAGUGCAGACUGUGGUGGGAAUGGCCCCGUUCCCGUUUCCCGGCCUGGUGGAAUUGCGAGACAAGUACACGUAUAAUAUAACGCCGUGGACCCAGUCUGUGUCGUCUGUGGCCAAGAGAGGACUCAGGCUCUUCUACUCAGACGACGACGACGACGACAACGACGAGGACGACCAGAAGAUCGCGGUGGCCACGGCGUUUGGCCUCUCUGGCAUCUUUAGGAAAGGUGUAGAGAGCCGCGGGCCUUCCCCCGUGGGCGGUGGCAGUUCGGCGUCCCCUGGAACCUUCGUGCCCCUUGCGUUCCCAUCGUCUCGGCAUGCCCAUGAGAUCUCUCGUCCGAACUUAGAUAUCUCUGCCCUAAAGAAGCAGUACGCCCGUCUAAGGGAGAGGCAGAAACAGGCACAUAUCAUCCUUACGGCCUCACAGCUCCGCGUGGGCUCCUCCCUGAGCGGCGGAGUGUCGCAGCGAUCGACACCGCUCGCCAUGAACCACCUCCUGCGGGGGAAGAAGGCCCUGACGUCCAAGACGAAGCGAGGAGCUCCUCAGGGGGUCAUUCCCGUAAUGGAACCGAAGAAGAAGGUCGAACGGAAAUUCAGCGACUCGACGGGAGCACGGCCCGCUCCCCAAGCACAGAAAGUGCAGCUCAAGUCCAGCACACGAUCUCUCCGCAGCCACUACCAGACCCUGAAGCGUCCGCCAAGCAGUUGCUCGCAAAGCCCUCCCAAGGUAGAGACCUUACACUGGAAGGAUACGCCUCGCAGGGAUCGGAGGGCCUCGCUGCCCUCUGGUGUCAAGCUCCUGGAAGCCCCUACGCCUUCACCCAGCGCCCUCGGCGUCCAGGAUGAGGCAGAUGACGCAGAGGGAGGCAGUAGCACUUCCACCGAGCUCUGCGACGACGAGGAUGAAGACAAGCUGAGCGACCUCGAGGCCGACGUGGCCGCGGAGGGGCGCCCGGCCACCACAUCUCCGCGCCUCGAAACUGUCAUGGAACUGCAGACGCCAUCGCCAGCCAAGCAGCAGCGGAAAAAGCAAGAAGCUAAAGCGAUAAUCUUAGAGAGAGAGAAAUUGGCUACUGAUAAAGAAAUCGAGCUGAAGCCAGAAUCGAAGCUGUUGAUAAAGGAACCACAAGAAAUUUCUAAACCAGAAGUGACGACACAGACUGAGUCAGACAAUGAAUCUACAGAGAAAUCGGAAAUGAAAUUAGAGUUAGAAUUGGAAGCAGUGGAAGGCAAACUUGAAGAUGCAAAAGCAGACAGUAAACCAUCAUUGCGUGAAGAACAAGAAGAAACAGAAACUAGUACCAAAUUAGGAGAUAUAAAAGUAAAAACUGGUCUAGUGGAGAGAAGUGAAGAAGAGAGUGUAAAGCAGGCCAAACUAGAAGAUAGAAUAAAGAAGAUAAUACCAGAAAAUAAGUUACUGGAAAUAGAAUCACAAAAGGAACCAGAGAUGUUAAAAUCAGAAGAGAUGAAAGCAGAAAGUAAGCCAGGGAGGAUAAAGGCAGAAAGAGAAGCAGAGUUGAUAAAAUCGGAAAUUAAGCCAAAAGAGAUAAAACCGGAAACUAAAGGAGUUGAGAUAAAACCAGAAAUUAAACCUAUGGAGACAAAACCACAAUUUAAAGCAGAGGAGAUAAAACCGGCAAAUGAAUCAGUAGAGAUAAAACCAGAAAUUAAAGAGAUUGCAGAAUGCACAACAGUUGAAUCAUUGGAGAUAAAACCAGAAAAAAUAUCAGUGGAUAUAGAGGCAGAAAUUAAAUCAGUGAAAAUCAAACCUGAAAUGAAAGUAGAGAUAAAGCCACUUGAAGAUAUCACAGAACAUGCAGCAGUUGAAUCACUGGAUAUAAAACCAGAAAUUAAAACAGUUCAGGUAAGACCAGUAACUGAAUCAGUGGAAAUAAAACCAGAAAUAAUAUCAGUGGAGAUGAAACCAGAUAUUAAAUCAAUGGAAAUCAAACCUGAAAUGAAAGUAGAGAUAAAGCCACUUGAAGAUAUCACCGAACAUACAGCAGUUGAAUCAUUGGAUAUAAAACCAGAAAUUAAAACAGUGCAGGUAAGACCAGUAAUUGAAUCAGUGGAAAAUCAGUGGAGAUGA